AUGAUUACUAGUUCAUGGAUAAAAACCCAGAUGCUAUUAUACUCUGAAUCUCUGAUGCAUUUGACAUAUUUUUCAGAAAAAAGAUCCAAGGACCAGAUUCUUCUCGACUGGGAAACUCGGCUAGGAAUUGUAAUUGGUGCUGCGACUGGUAUUGCUCAUAUCCAUGCACAAUGUGACGGGAAGCUUGUCCAUGGAAAUAUAAAAGCCUCGAACAUUUUCCUGAACUCACAACAAUAUGGUUGUGUGUCCGAUCUUGGCUUAGCAACAUUGGUAACUCCGAUUGGACCUCCAGUCAUGAGGACUGCAGGGUACCGCGUCCCAGAAACCAUAAACACCAGGAAAGUGUCGCAAGCUUCUGAUGUCUACAGCUUCGGGAUUGUGAUUCUUGAACUUCUCACCGGGAAAUCCCCUUCCCGAGCUGGAGUCUUAAACUUGGUCAAAUGGGUUCGUUCAAUUGUUCACAAGGAGGGGACUACUAAAGUAUUUGAUUCAGAACUGCUGCAUUUUCCUGAUAAAGAGGAAGAGAUGGUGAAUAUGUUGCAAAUCGCGCUCAGUUGUGUGGCUAGGAAGCCAGAGCAGAGACCUAAAAUGCUUGCUAUAGUGACAAUGGUAAAGAAUAUUCGAAGGACCAAUGCUGGAAGUUACUCAUCUUCUUGA